AUGGUGGGAGUACGGGGGGGGGGAGGGUAUGGUGGGAGUACGGGGGGGGGAGGGUAUGGUGGGAGUACGGGGGGGGGGAGGUACGGGGGGGGAGGGUAUGGUGGGAGUACGGGGGGGGGGAGGUACGGGGGGGGGAGGGUAUGGUGGGAGUACGGUGGGGGGGGGUAUGGUGGGAGUACGGUCCUGGGCCCACCGGAGGAAGGGGAGGACCAUGGGUGGGGCUUAGCAUAUGGAUAG